AUGGUGCAAAUUUUAAGGCAGCGUUUAAGGAAAUUCUACAAAUGGUUUCAACAAAAAAGUCUUUAUCAUAGAUUAUUUUGGGGACUCAUAAUCGUUAUAUCAACCGGAAUCAUAUUCUGGAUAUUGUGGCUAACUGUUACCCGUUUCUACGCUGAUUCCAUUAGCAUAGACAUCGAAACCACCUAUCUACGAUGGAACAACACAUUCCCAGCUGUUUCAGUAUGUAUGACAAAGGGUCGUACUAUAAAUCAAAGUCAAGCCACUGCAUAUAUUAAAGACGAAAAAUUGAUCUACGACGUACCGAUGAAGACCUACAUGAAUGCUUUACAUGAUUUAAUAUUUACGAAUCCGGUUAAUAUUCGUAUCAAAACAGCAAACUGUGUAAAUACAAAUGGUACAUGUGGCAUUGAUUAUCACCAACUACAAAGAAAGUUCUUACCUAGAUCAUGUGAAUUGGUCUUCGAAAAAGUGACAUUUUUGGGUGAAGUUGUGCAGAAUUGCACCGAUAUAUUUCGAUUUCAUGAACUAACAAUGGGAUAUUGUUUUUUGGCCAAUAACUUAAUGGACUACAAAUCUGUAGAAAAAUUGCCCAUGAAAUUUGAUAUUUCACACAAAGACAGAAGCCUUAAAGUUUGGUUUAAAAAGCCACACACAUGGAAAUAUUCUGUAGAUGUACAUAGUCCUGUUGAUAUGCCAUAUUUUAGCUCUAAUUUUGGUGAUUUAAAAGACUCAAAUGAAUUAUUCUACGUCAACGUUAUAGAGUACCAAAAUAAUGCGGAUGUUAAAGCCGAGCCAGUUAAGCAAAGGUCAUGUAAAUUUCCCGAAGAAAGAGAUCCAGGAUCGCCAUGGCAUUACAGUUACUCAUCUUGUAUGUCGUAUCUGGGUAUACAGUUUGAAAUAAAGAUGUGUAACUGCACAUUGUUUACAUCUCCUGAAAUAUUUAAGUCACAAUAUUGCGAUAUUAUGGGUAUGGAUUGCAUUGCAAAAGCGUUUAUUGUAAAAUUGGUUAAUCAAUACUCUGUGGAUAAUGAUGCCUGCUGUCCAUCAUGUGUGGAGGCGAAAAUUAUAAACGUUGGAGUCAUUACGAACGCAGAGGCAUCGUUGGAAGUAAACGUCAUUAAUGUACCUUCAGAGCGCUAUAAACGAGUUGUUACUAAAAAUUCCUUGGAUCUUGUUGUUGCAGUGGGUGGUGUAAUUGGUUUGUUCGCUGGAGCGUCCAUACUGAAUCUAUUCGAAAUUGUCUAUGUAUUAUUACGCAGAAAAAUAAAUUAAUUAACAUUCCAACAUUCCGCUAAAUACAUAUUUCAAAUGCUUUAAAUGUUCACUUUGUAACACACAAUUGAAAAUAAACUAUUAAAUGUUAUUGAAUUAAAUGAUCCUUUAUAA